AAACAGAGAGAAGUAGUUCCGGCUACGAUGUUCUUCCGCAAGAUGCAAGCAGUUCUGUUUAUUAACCGCUAAAGCGUCAAAAGUUACCUACCGCAGCUUUAAUAUACAGAGUUAAUAUAUGCCACUAAGAGCAGUUUAUGUCAUAAGACCAAUUAUAAGUCUGCAUUUUCUUCAAUUUUGCUAUAUAUGUUGUUUCAACACAUAUAAUAUUUAUAAUAAGAAUGUUGUGAUUUUAUUCAACCUUUUUUCAUUUUUCUGCCAAUAAAAUAUUCCAAUGACCUAAUAAGAAGUUCUGUCUAAAAUGUCAACACUGACCCUGAACUUUGGUUAUAUAAAGUUGGUAUAUUCCCUUUGCCACUCUAUGAGGAACGUAGCUGUCUUGUCUUGAAAGCGCUCAUUGGUCAGAUUACGUGGAGGGGCGUUUCAUUAUGACGCGGGAUUCUUCUCUGAUUGGCUAAGCUUGUUGUGAAGCUGCGUUCAGAUGACAGACGUGUGUUAAAAAAAAAACACGAGGCGAUCCGACAACGGUAGAACAGACCCUUUAUUCUCCUCACUUUUAUCUGAGAAAACUACCUUUCAUCAAAUACACUCUCUGGAAAUGUUAUUUAACCCGACUGGCUUGAAAGAAUGUUUACAAGAAUGGGAGGAUCUGGAAAAAGACUAUCAACAAGUUCAGGAGACACAUCGACUUUACAAACAAAAGCUGGAGGAGGUUUCGAAACAACAGGACAGCUGUUCUUCUUCAAUCGCACGACAGAGGAAAAAGUUAAAGGAUCUCAACGAAUCCAUGAAGGAAUGCAGAGCGGUAGCGAAUUCAGAAGAUGUAAAUACAAUAGAUGAGAUCCAAGACUCUAUAAAGGAGAGAUCAAACGUCUUUUUUGAGAUGGAGGCCUUCCUGCCAAAGAAAAAUGACUUAUACCUCAGUCUUGUGCUUGGAAAUGUUAACGUUACCCUUCUUAACAAGCAGUCCAAGUUUGCCUAUAAAGAUGAGUACGAGAAGUUCAAACUAUACUUGACUGUGCUGCUCUUGUUCUUCUCAUUCACCUGUCGGUUUUUGUUCAGCUACAGGGUUGUAGAUGCACUUUUCAACUUCCUGUUGGUGUGGUAUUAUUGUACAUUGACGAUAAGAGAGAGCAUCCUCAUUAAUAACGGCUCCAAGAUCAAGGGCUGGUGGGUGUUUCAACACUAUGUCUCAACAUUUCUCUCUGGAGUAAUGCUGACCUGGCCUGAUGGUGAGCUCUACCAGAUGUUCAGAAAUCAGUUCCUGUCCUACUCCAUGUAUAUAAAUUUUGUUCAGUUUCUGCAGUACUAUUACCAGAGUGGCUGCUUAUAUAGACUUAGAGCUCUUGGAGAAAGACACAACAUGGACCUCACAGUUGAGGGGUUUCAGUCCUGGAUGUGGAGGGGUCUGACCUUUCUCCUGCCUUUCCUUUUCUUGGGCCAUUUUUUCCAGCUUCAUAAUGCAGUUACACUCUUCCAAAUGACCCAGCAUCCAGAAUGGAAAGAGUGGCAGGUUCUCAUGUGUGCCUCUACUUUCCUUGUUUUGUUCAUGGGAAAUUUCUUCACCACUCUUGGUGUUGUUUACCACAAAUACAUGGAUCACGACAGAGCCAAAGUUUUAUAAAUGACCAGCACAAAGACACUGCUGAACUCUUUAUUAAAAGAAGUUAUGUUUUAUAUUAAUGUUUUUUAAAUGUCAUAUUUUUUGAUUAAAUGUUUUCAAAAAAUGUUUUUUUUUUUUUGGUUAAACCUGGCUAAGUUUUGAUUUUUGCAAAUGUGUCACAAAACAUUAGGGAUAAAAUGUAUUUUCCCUAAACCUAAAAUAUUUAAUAUUUAUGUUUUUUUUUUUAUUAAAGGACUAAGUGUCAUGAUUUCUACUUAUGAAUAUAGAAUUGACUCCUCAAUUCAUUCCCCUAGUGAGCCAAAGCUGCAAUUACAUAAAAAUGCUCAAAAAUGCUUUGAAACAAACCUGCAUUUGUUUAAUUUUAAAACUUAAUUAAUUAAUAAUAUCUGGGAAGAGAAAUGUCAUUGUGAUGUCAGAUGAUUAGUGCAACAUUAUGAUCUCAGGCAUAUAAUGUAUGACAAAUAAAGAAUAUGCACACACACUGUCUGGCCUAGAAUAUUGAUGUUUUAAAAAAUACUGCAGCAUGUAAAACAGCUAAGGAAUUUACUAAAACAAAAAUGUUUCACUCAAUUCAGUUUUUAAUUUAAGGUACAAAAUGUUCUGUAGCAAAACAGCAACUGUAUAAAAUUAAAGACAAGUUAAACGUCACCCAGGAAGCAAAAUUGCACAUCUGGAGCAGUUUGAAUUCUAGGAAAAAGACAUGAGGUAUCAGAAAAAUGAAAAAA